AUGGAGGAAAGUGAAUUACUUCCAAAGUUGGAUGGAAAACCUUCAUUCUCGUCAAGGAAAGUUGCAGAUUACAAAAAUACUCCUUAUACUUAUCAGAAAACCAACCGCCGCCACCACCACCACCGUUGCCGCCCCACCGACCACCGACCACCACCACCAUCGCUGCCGCCACAACCACUAUCACCGCCGCCGUUGCCACCACCACCACCACCACCACCAUCGCCGCUACCACCACCAGCCGCCACUGCCACCACCAGCACCACCACUGUCAUCGGUGUCACCACCAGUUGCCACUACCACCAUCACCACCACUUCCGCCACCACAAUCAAGGCCACCGCCACCAUCACCACCACCCACCACUGUCGCCGCCACUGCCCCCACCACCACCGCCGAAAUUUUACCAUUUUUAUAAAUUUAAGCAAAAAAAAAUAAAAAGGGUAAUUAUGUCAUUUUAA